CUUUGUGAAAAGACGGCGGUUGUUUUUGACAGGUGAAUUACAUUUUUUAAACUUUGUUUUAUCUGCAGUGUGCUCAAUGCAGCUGUUGUGAAAAAGCAGAUACAAAUAUUAAUAAAUCAAUGUUCUGAUUAGAAACCAAAGGACUGCAGCAGCCAUGUUGUUGGCAGAAGCUGGAUAUGUGUUUAUGGGUUUUAUCCUGCACCUCUCAGGGGUUCAUGGACGAUCAAACAGCAUCUGUGCUUUAAAAGGUUCCACAGUGGAUCUGCCCUGCUCAGCUCAACGUCCCACUACGAGCAUGAAGUGGUACACUGUACACCGGAAUGGAUCUGAAACUGUUCAGAAGGAGCUCUCUGCAGAUGAAAAUCGUGUGACGUACAACAUGUCUGCAGAGAGUAACUUCACUCUAACAAUCAAAGAUCUGAGAGAGAGCGAUGCAAAUGUUUACUGCUGCAGAGAGACUCCUGACGACCCAGAACUCUGCUGGCACAACAGGACUGAGCUCCAUGUUGCAGACCUGCAGGUAAAGGUGAUUCCUGCCACAGAGGGACAGGCAGUGACACUGAUGUGUAGCACCAGCUGUCCUCUGACUGAAAACCCUGCAGGCUACGACUGGUACAAGAACAGAGAGAUCCUCUAUCAGGACUGGUCUCCAUGGUACCAACAGCUGGUCAGCAGUGAGAAAGCAGUCAGCUACUCCUGUGCUAUCAAAGGCUACAAGGAUCUCAGGGCCCCUCAAGUCUCAGUGGAUUCUGUCACAUCGACCUGCUUCAGUGUGACCUAUGCCAAAGGGAGGAUGUGUUCUUUUAAGACGACAUCAGUGGAUGAGCCGUGCUCCAUCACAUAUCCCAGAGGUUACGUUUUCACAAACAUUUACAAACAUAAAAAACACACCUCCCCCCCCAAAUAUCUUACAAUGUCUGAUGAAAAGUGUAUUUGUAAUCUCCCAACAGAAGUACAUUUUCAAAUGACUAAUUUGAAGAGCUAUGUCAUUCUGACCUGUAACACCAGCUGCCCGAUGGCUGACCGUCAAACUGCGUAUAGCUGGUUCUGGAACAGACAGUUAUACGGCCACUGUGAGAGUCAAGACAUGACAGUUAUCGGCCCUUCUUUUGAUACCAUCUCCUGUGCUGUAAAAGGCCAUGAGGAUCUGCGCUCUGAUGAAAACUGUUUUGAUAAUAGGUUGUGCAAGAAGGUGAAUUAUGUCAGAAGGAGGAUUUGUGCUCUGGAAGGUUCUUCAGUGAACAUUUCAAGUGAAUACUCACGCCACAAAUGGGCUGUCAUGAAUCAUUUCUGGAAUAAAGGAAAGCAAGGCGAUGGGCAGGAUGCUUUAAAUUUGACCGAGUAUGCAGGUCGCGUUGAGAUUCACGACAACAAGAAAAACUACACCAUCUUGAGAAUCAAUGAUCUGAAGACGAAUGACUCAGCAGAAUACACAUUCAGACUCCACAAAGAUGACAAGGAAUGGAAACAGUCAGCUUCACCUGGAGUCACUUUAGUUGUCACAGGCCUGAGAGUGACAAUGACUCCCUCUGCAGUGGUGACAGAGGGCCAGAGAGUCACACUGAGCUGCACCACCAGCUGUCCUCUGACUGACAACACAAAGUACAUUUGGUACUUGAACCGGCGACCUUUGACCCUGACAGAGAAGCAAGACAAACACCUGGUCCUGGACCCAGUCAGCAGUCAGCAUGCAGGGAAUUACUCCUGUGUUGUUGAAACCCCCCGCAACAUCAGCUCAUCUGAAGAGACUCUCACUGUCCAACCUCGGAUAGCAGUAGCGAUAGUGAAUGCCGUAAAACUGACUUUUAUGUUACUGUUCCCACCUGCUGUACUUCUCCUCUACCUGAAGAUGAGGAAGAAGAGAACUCUGACCUCCGCUGCAGAGCAAAAUGACAAAGUACAAACUGGACAAAUGGACGAGCAGUACGAGAGCAUCGCACUCACACACAUGCAUCCUGCAGCACAUACAGCUCCAGCAAAGCAGCAGGAAGACGCUGUCCGAUAUCAGCUUAGAUUUUAGAUAUCUAUGCCGAGCGCUUUGCAGGAGUGCAGAUAAAAUGUCUGUCUUGGUCAUUUAGAUUCUUGUUGGUGAAAUAUGAUUUGAGCGAGUAUGUGGUACAAAGACAUACAAACAUGGUUUCCAUAUUUUCAAAAAUGUCUUCUCCCUGCCUCAACAACUACGGGGGUUGGAUGCGGGGCUCUUAUCUUCAACGGAUUCACACAUUUGUUCAUGACGGCCGGCUGCGUGUUUAUAGUGCUGUUUGUCUGAUGCUCUUGUUAACUUCCUGUGAAACCAGUUAUGAAUUGAACUCUGCAGCUAGCCAUUUCUGCAGUAGGCCUAUAGCAGUUUUCAAAUUAUGAUUAAAUCUUUCUCUUCUUACAUUUUAUAAGUUUUAAUGGCACACAUAUCUCGUUAUUGCUUAUUCUUGUUAGUAUUGUCUUUUUUGUCUGAUAAAAAUGUCGGAUAUAAUUACAGUUUAUUGAAAAUCAUUUCAUUUUUUUACAUAGGCUAUUAAGGGAUAACUUUCUAACAUUCCUUUCCUACUCAUUCCCAUUUAUUCGUAUUAUUGUAUGUAUUUUAUUUUGAUGUUUUGUGCAAAUGGAUUAAAAUCUAAAUUACAA